AUGUCCUUACGCACAGUAUUCGACCUGCUGCUACCCCUGGGUCUGCUGGUCGGCCAGACCUACGCGGCGCAAGAACCUCUGACGGGUGAGGAUCGGGAAGCAUGUCCAAACUACGCGCAAUACUCUACGUUUCCCCAUAAACCUCUGAGCGAAGGCCCCCUUGGCCUGCCCUACCAACGACCCGAUCCUCGAUGUCGAACCUUUCGUUCCGACGCCAUCGAGAAGGUCAUCGAAGACGUCACAUCCAGAAUGAAAGACCCUGACCUGGCCAGGCUCUUUGAGAACGCGUUCCCCUCGACGACUGACACCACUGUCAAGUUCCAUACCGAUGGCACCGAUACUCGAUUCGUCGAUCUCAAGGGCCGUAGCAUGCGCGACGAAGGCAAAUGGGAGGGACCGCAGUCAUUCAUCAUCACAGGCGACAUUAUUGCCGAGUGGCUGCGUGACAGCACGAACCAGUUAUCGCCCUACCAAGCUUUGGCCAAGAAGGAUCCAGCCAUUUUCAAGCUGAUCCUAGGAGCCAUCAACACACAGGCGGAGUAUGUCAUUGAGUCGCCGUAUUGCAACGCUUUCCAGCCCCCUCCGAUUGCGAAUCUGCAGCCGAGUCACAAUGGACAGGACGACACCGUGCACCCCAUCUACGAGCCCUCGUUUGUGUUUGAGUGCAAGUACGAGCUAGAUUCUUUGGCGCAUUUCCUCGCGCUGGGCAAUGACUUUUACGAGCACACAGACUCUAAGGAUUUCAUGACGGGGAGGUGGUUUUUGGCUCUGGAGACGGUGCUUAACGUCUUGGAGGAACAGUCCCGCUCGACGUUCGACCCGGAGACGGGCCGCUUCCAGAAAAAUGAGUACACCUUCCAGCGCAGGACGGACGCGGGUACCGAGACGCUAAACCUUAGGGGCGUCGGCAACCCCCUGAAUAACGGCACGGGUCUCGUGAGGUCGGCCUUCCGGCCCAGCGAUGACGCUACGAUCCUCGGCUUCUUCAUCCCAGCGAACGCCAUGAUGGCCGUGGAGCUGAAGCGCACGUCCCUCUUCUUGAAGGAGGCCGGCAAAGACGUUCUUUCGCAGACGGUGGACAAGUGGAGUCAAACCAUAGCCGAUGGCGUUUGGAACAACGGCAUUGUGAAGCAUGCCAAGUACGGAGACGUUUUCGCGUACGAGGUCGACGGGUACGGCUCCGCCAUCCUCAUGGAUGAUGCGAACUACCCGUCGCUCCUGGCACUUCCUCUCAUGGGGUUCUUGCCUGCGGACGACCAGACGUACAAGAACACCAGGAGAAUGCUCUUGGAGAAGACUGGCAAUCCCUACUUUCUCGAGGGCGUUGCUUUCCGUGGAAUCGGAGGACCCCACAUUGGUCUGUCUAACGCCUGGCCGAUGAGUCUCUUAAUCCAGGCACAGACAUCCGAAAGUGACGAGGAAAUCACCGAGUGCCUUGACUUGGUCCUGAGCUCUGCCAAGCUUGGGUUGGUCCACGAGAGUGUCGAUGUCGGCCGCAUCACCGCCUACACCCGAAGCUGGUUUGCAUGGGCCAACGGCGUCUUUGCCGAAACGAUUUUGGACCUUGCCAAGCGGAAGCCUCAUCUCAUCUUUACUGACGCGAAGCCUUACAGCAUCUGA